AUGGCGACUCAAUGUGCUGGUUGUCGACAAAAAAUCACAAGUCGUGAAUAUCUCACCUGCGCACUAUGUAACAAAACAUAUGAUAUCGAUUGCGCCGUUGUAUCUAUUCAGCGAUACUUAAAUAUCAUGUCGCCAACACGUAAAAAGAAAUGGAAAUGCCCCGCUUGCUUAAGCAAAGCCCCUAAAGGAAAUAAUAGCAACAAACCAGUGUGUUCGCAUGAAAAUGAAGAAAUAUAA